CUCUAUAGUAUUUAGAGAAGUAGAAGUUGGGACGUCGGACGAGUUCGUGACAGGGUAAAAUGUUUAAAUAUAUGAUUUCUACUAGAGAAUAUCUACUACUCUCUCUCUCUCUGAGAGUAGACGCUCUCUCAAACUACAGGCAGCAGUAUUGUAAAAGUCAUGUUUCUAAAAGAAAGAGCUCACGUGAUCCCGCUGCUUGUAUUGUACUACAACGAAACAUAGCCUUCUGAAAAUUGAACACGGAAGGCUAUGAACGAGAUUUUACAAGUAGAUUGAUGUAGUGAUGAUUUAUACAUAUAUAGUCAUACUGCAAGUUCUCACGCAGAAUACAUAGCUGUGAUCUAAUACGCUUUUUUUGUCAUCUUCAACCGCAUCACUGUGUGUCUUAAACUCCUUAUUCAUUCCCUUAGUUCAAGGCUACAUACACCAUGCCAUUUAAUUUUGCGGGAUUAACGUCCUUUUCGCUGCCAUUCGUCUUAUCGAGCCUUCUUGCGGUAGUAGCACUUGCCGAGAACAUCACAGAUGCGGACACACCUUGUAUAGACGUUGUGCUCACAGGUACCAUGGCUGGGCCAUUCUUCUUCGGAGGGCUUGCUGGUGCUGGCACACUUGUUAGCAUAGGUACAAAGGAUAAUAACUGUAGUGAUUAUCGCCUACAAUUUGAUAUAGGUCGUGGCACAUCUUUGCGCCUGUCCGAGCUUGGCCUGGCCCCCAAUAACAUCGACGCACUGUUCCUCACGCAUAUGCAUAGUGACCACACUGAAGACUUCACCACCUUUGCCUUAGGCCGGUGGAUGCUUUUAGGUGAGCCCUACGAUGUUGUCUGUAGCGAAGAUGUGGAUGAUAUUAGCUGCACUGAUUUUGUCGAGCACAUUGCUGACGCAUUCGAGGAGUCGGGAGAAAUUGAGCAACGAAUAACAGAGAAUGCCGCGCGCAACUCGGAGGGACCCUCAGCACUGGCGAAUGUGAUGACCUUUGAAACAAGCGAUAAGGCAGAGAGUGUGUGGAAGUCUGCCGAUGGCACAGUUGAAGUCACGGCCAUACGCACAGAGCACAUCGGCGGUAGUGCUGCUUUCCGCAUAGAUUCACCUGCCGGGAGUGUGGUGAUUGGCGGUGAUGCAGCUAAUGAUCUGCCAGCAGAAGAUCGACCUUAUUCGACAUCAGACAAUGUCGAGGCACUAGCUGAAGGAGCGGAUAUACUAGUACACUCUGCCAUUCACCCUGUUAUGUCGCUGGAGGAAUCAACCUUGCCAGCAGCCAUGUACAACAAAUUCAGCACUACAGUUGAUAUCGGGGCGAUGGCCCAACGUGCUGGUGUGCACACAGUCAUCCUCACACACACUAUCCCGCCUCUCGGUGCGGUCAACUGGGGCGCCUUCGCUGUACCUGGUGGAGAAGCUUUGAAAGAGGAUGACUAUGAAAGUUCGGUGAAGGAGGGAGGCUUCAACGGUACCACUAAAGUGGGAACGUAUCUGCAAUCCACGAGGCUAUAGAAUAAUUCGAGCUAUGUGGUCUCUCGAAAAUAAUGGAACAGGAAUAGUCCAACGCAAACAUCCAUGAGAACCAAAGCAGUAUAUAACGCGGGAGGAGUUGUACAAUCCACGAGGAUAUAUCAAAUGAUAACUAGUUGGCCUUUACCUGAACCGAAUAACAUGUGUCAGUGGAAGUAAUGUGACAGCAUAAUCGAACGCAAACAUCCAUGAUCAAUACAUUAGUAUACAACUCGGGAGGAGUUGUACUAUCCACGAAGAGAUAUAAUGAUAACUUGUUGGCCUUUACCUGAGCCGAAUGACACGUGUCCAUUAUACAACAGUGGCAUGUUACCCGGAAUGAAUAUUAAAUCAAGCAUCAAGAGAGAUAUAUCACACGUUCUUCUAAGCAGUGCGUAUUCUGGAUUGCUGGCAUCGUUCUGUUUUCUGGAUCUGACAGACAACAAACGUUAUGUAUGUAUGCUUCAUUGCACAGAAUCGUGUUGAAGUAAAAAAAAUAUGAUUCAGACCGAAAUCUGAAUAUUAUGACUAAAACGGGAGAUACUGCUUGUUUAGGCACAAAGCAAGGAGC